AUAUUCCUUUCUAAUACUCGGGUGGAGCCAGACAGCUGGGCGGACCUCCCAACAGUAAAUGUGGAUCUUUCUACACGCGUGUGUAUGUGUGUAUGUGUGUGAAUGUGUAUGUGUGUGUGUGUUCCCAACAAACCAUCUGUCAAAAGUUUGAGACUAAUAAAAGCGCGUCUGGAGACUCUUGGUUCGGGUUGAGACACGCAGACUGAGAGACGCAGAAGCUGUGUGUGAUCGGACUCUUCUUCAAGAAGGGCAAGAGUGUGUGCUCAAGACCCACUUUGAGGCUUCCGUCUGUGAAGGUAAAUAUCUCGUGUAGAGCUUUAGUUGGCAGCCAGGAUGAUUCUGGCCACAUUAAAGGACGUUGGGAAGCAGCUUCUGCGGGUGAAGGUCGUGGACUGUAACGCCGAGGACUCCCGCUUGUCUCGAUGCCUCAACACGUUUGACCUGGUGGCCCUGGGCGUCGGCAGCACGCUGGGCGCCGGAGUCUACGUCCUCGCUGGCGCCGUAGCCCGGGACAGCUCCGGACCCGCCAUCGUCCUCUCCUUCCUCAUAGCAGCCCUCGCCUCAGUCCUGGCCGGUCUGUGCUACGCCGAGUUUGGGGCCCGCGUCCCCAAAACUGGAUCUGCGUACCUCUACAGCUAUGUGACAGUCGGGGAGCUGUGGGCCUUCAUCACAGGCUGGAACCUCAUCCUCUCUUAUGUCAUUGGAACUUCAAGUGUGGCCAGAGCGUGGAGUGCAACCUUCGAUGAGCUGAUUGGAAAACACAUUGAGGAGUUCUGCAGGCAUUACAUGACCAUGAGAGCCCCGGGCAUCCUGGCAGAGUAUCCAGACAUAUUUGCUGUCUUCAUAAUAAUGACUCUGACAGGACUGCUUGCAUUUGGAGUGAAGGAGUCGGCCAUGGUGAAUAAAGUGUUCACCUGCAUCAAUGUCGUGGUGCUGAUGUUUGUCAUCGUCUCUGGCUUUGUCAAAGGAAGCCUAAAAAACUGGAACGUGAAUCCUGAAGAAAUCCUCAACGCCACCAGAAACUCCAGCCUCAAUAUAUCUGAUAUCUUACCGUUAGAAAAAAGUCUCGGUCAAGGCGGCUUCAUGCCUUUUGGGAUGUCUGGAGUCCUCUCUGGUGCCGCCACCUGUUUUUAUGCCUUUGUAGGGUUUGACUGCAUUGCCACUACAGGAGAAGAAGUGAAGAACCCCCAGAGGGCCAUUCCCAUUGGGAUCGUGGCCUCGCUCCUCAUUUGUUUUGUGGCGUACUUCGGCGUGUCCGCGGCCCUCACUAUGAUGAUGCCUUACUACCUGCUGGAUAUGAACAGCCCUCUGCCGGUGGCCUUUAAGUAUGUGGGCUGGGAGGGAGCCACUUACGCAGUGGCCAUUGGCUCUUUAUGUGCCUUGUCGACCAGUCUACUAGGCUCCAUGUUCCCAAUGCCUAGAGUGAUCUGGGCCAUGGCAGAAGAUGGCCUGCUCUUCAAAUGUUUGGCCAAAAUCAGCCCACGAACCAAAACCCCUCUAACAGCUACAGUAACAUCCGGUGUUGUGGCAGCUGUGAUGGCUUUCCUGUUUGACCUGAAGGACCUGGUUGACCUCAUGUCCAUUGGUACUCUGCUGGCCUAUACUCUGGUGGCUGCCUGUGUGCUGGUCCUCAGGUACCAGCCUGAACAGCCCAGCGUCGCCUACGAGAUGGCCAACACUCAGGAUGACCCUGAUCUGGCUGAGUCGUACAACGAGGGGAGCAUCGACAUCCUACCACAAGCAGAGGAUCACUUCACCAUCAAGAAUCUGCUUUCCCCUUCCAACACGGAGCCGUCCCCUCUGUCCGGGUUCGCCGUCAACAUCUGCACCAGCAUUCUAGGUGUUCUGGUGUGUGUCUUCAGUGUUGUAGCUGUUCAUGGAGGGUUUGCAGCCUGGUCAGUGGCUAUCCUCUGUACCAUCAUGGCGGUCUGUCUGAUCAUCACCUUCGUUGUGUGGAGACAGCCGCAGAGCAAGACCAAGCUUGCCUUCAAGGUUCCCCUGCUGCCCUUCGUCCCAGUCAUCAGUAUGUUCAUCAACGUCUAUCUGAUGAUGCAGCUCGAUAGAGGAACCUGGAUGCGCUUCGCCCUCUGGAUGGUCAUAGGUUUCUUUAUUUACUUCGGUUAUGGUAUUCGCAACAGUGCAGAGGCCAGCUCCAACACCUACUCGCCAGCAAUAAAGGGAGAGCCCAUGGCACCGGAGAAGGAAGCCUUCCUACACAACACACAAAACGCCACCGCAGACGACGACGACGACGAUGAUGAAGAUUCCUGAGGUUCACUCAUCCACCCUGUUUCUAUUCUGUUAAAAUAGCUGCAAACCCAGGAGACACUCGGAGACUUUUAUGCACCAUCCAAUCAGAGCGUUGAGUUGUUUCCUUAUUCCAGACAACAUUUUUGAUGAAAGUAAAAAAAAAAAGGAUAAUUAGAUGUAAAAGGUACGUAAAAAACUUUUCAAAAGAUAAAAUGAGUCUUCAUACAUCUGAAAACCUAGGUUUCUUUCAAAAAAACUUUUUGAUUUUUUAGCUGAAAAGUAUUUUUUGUAUGGUUUGCACUUUGAUGUGAUACAUUUUACUGAACACAACUGAUUCUGUGGAACCAAAGGCAAAGCACAAGUAGUUUUAGAAAAGUUUUUUUAAGGCAUCUGUUGUAAAUAUAUCUACUGUUAAAACUUUAUUUUGGUCCUAAAUCCACAGAAUUAUAAGCCCCCAUUCUUUUUCUUCUGUAAUAACAUUUUGAGUUCAGCGUUCAUUGCUGCUCUUCUAGCAUGAAAUUGCUCAACAUUUGUAUAUGUUGGCUGUUUACAGAAAAGUCAUUAUGAAUUAUGAAGAGCAUUUUGAUAAAAAUGAAUGAGGCUCAUCUUUUUUUCAGGCAAAUUUGCAUGCGUUUGGCAGAUUUCCUAGUGAAAGUUUGUCACUCGUCUUGCUGCAUUAGGAGGCACAGUGCUGGCUACUGUGCCCUAAUCCCAUGGGGAGAUUUGUUUUUAAAAUCCUUGUCCCUUUAUUUCAUGAAUUAAGAAUCGGCAAAUAAUCCCCCCCCAAACUCGUUUCUUCAGUGCCUUUUGUUGUAUUUUUUACUCCUGAGAUAAUAUACUGUAUAGAAAGCCCAACUCUGUAGGCCCGACCUGUGUUUUACAUGAACAGUAUGAUGCACCACGGUGCUCUGAAUAAUCUGGUACAGUACUGUGAUCGGUAUAUCUCAGUGUGAAUGUGUUUGUCUUCUACAGCAGCUGAUUGAUGGUUUCCUCCUAUUUAGCAGAGAUCAAAUACAACAGUGUUGUCUCCGUCAGGGAACUAGCCAAAGACAAGAAGCUGCUAAUGUGGAAUGAUUUCUCAUCAGAGGAUGUCUUUUUAAGUGCCUCUUUCCCAAAUGAAUGUUACACCUUUUUAGAGGUAUGAUGUUGCUCUACCACCAGCUAGAAUUGUGGAAUAUAUGUAUUGCCUGUAUAUAAUGUACACAUUGGAUUUUGAAAAGCAUAUAUUUAUAAUAUAUAAAGAGAGAUUUCACCUUAGGACCAUUUUCACUUUUUAGUGCACAUACUGUACAUCUGAAUGGGAUGAAGUACAAUCCGUUAAACACCUUUCGGUUUCCAUAGUGAUAUUCAGACUGUAUAUUCAGAAUCACAUCAGUAAUUUCUGUGAAAGUGCCUCUGUCUGUCAGACAUUAUUUAAUGACUAUGGAAAGGAAAGCUGAUUGUGUGUGCAGAUUCCCAGGGCAGCUAAAACCUGAACGCGACAUAUACAAGCAUUAGUUCACUAAAGACUGAAAAUGGUGAGGAAAAAAAGAGAAAGGUGAAAAAUCUCUUUACUGGGUCCCUUUUAUAUAGGCCUCCACGCCGGCGACAGCCGUGGCCGGAUGUGUUCGGGUUGUCCGUCUGUCCGGUCCACUCUUGUGAACACAAUAUCUCAGGAACGCCUGUACAGAAUUUUUUUAAAUUUGGCGCAAAGUCCACCUGGACUCACAGAUGAAAUAAUUAGAAUUUGGUGGUCAAAGGUCACUGUGGCCUCACGUCCAUCCCAUUCUCGUGAAUAUCUCAAGAGCACCGUGAGGGAAAUUCUUCAAAUUUGACACAAAUGUCCACCUGGACUCAAGAGUGAACGGAUUUAGAAUUUGGUGGUCAAAGGUCACUGUUACCUCACAAAACACAUUUUUGGCCAUAGCUCAAUAAUUCAUAUGCUAAUUAUGAUUAUUUCACACAAAUGUCUAACAGGAUAAAAUGAUGACAUUUUAGACAGACAUGGAUGUAAACUGCAACUUGACUGGUUGGCAGAGGUACACAACCGCGAGGCGGUAAUUCAGCUCGUUCUUAGUCCCGAGGUGUCAGAUACUGAUGCUUUGUCACGGCCGUCGGCGUUCGAUACCGACGCACAAGGCUCUCUUUUUUCGGCAUACUGGGCUUUCCAUUAACUACAACGUAAACCCAACCACGGCAAUAGUCGACGCACAGGGAAAGUGGACUGUGGAGUGGUGACAGGGCGGGCGAGAGGGGAGGUGGAUGGGCCCAACAAACCCAAGGCUUUCAUCCACGAGACUGCCGUUCAUGUCCCGUGCGUUACGUUUACAACUUUGACUUUACAAUCAGCUGUUUGUUCGUGUCCCGUGUUCACAACGUCAAGUCACAUUUGCACUGUAAAAAUGUCAUUUUAAGCCCAAAAAUGUUGUUUUUUUUCCUGAAUUUAACUAAGUGGUUUUGUUGCCUAAUCCUAAGAAAAUGUUUAGUGCAGCAGAAAAAGUGACGCCGAGGGGUCUGACAAAGCGUCAUUAUGUGACGAGUUGGGAUGAGAACCUGUUGGGUAAUUCUAGUUAAAUGAACACUAUGAUAAAAUGUUUUUUGCUUUUAUUUAACCUAAUUUAUGUUCCAUUGAGAGAAACUAAAUUCUGUUAGAUUUUAAUUGGAUUAUGCGUCAAAACAAUGUUUCAUUUCAUUGACAGAGUAGAGUUUUUAACGAUGUUACUGAAAUAGUCUGCGAGUUUAAAAUACUAGAUAGUUUUGUAAAUAAAACACUUUUAUCUAAACUGGGAGAUGUUUGAAUCAGUGGGACAUUAUCACGUAUACGUUUUGAGAACACUACAUGUAUCAUUUUCCUGUUUAAAAAAAUGCCAAUUUCCAGCAUUUCAUGUCUGUUUUUGUAAAUACAGUUUUGAUUUAGCUUAAAGAUUCACUGCCCAUGCUACAACUUACACUUGUCUAUCUGUCAUUUCACCUCACAGCUUUAAUCUAUACACUCUUUUGUUGCAGGCGUUGUGUAAAGUACAUAACUGAUACAAAAUAGAUGGAAUAUAUUUGUUUACAAGAACAAAGUAGUCAGGAGUCAUUCAUUAGGCGAAUAUCAUCUCCCUUUAGAGUUGGAUGUAAUACAUGAAGCCCUAGUUUCACUGACAUUAUGAAUGCUGCAGUUACAUUAAAGCUCAUGUGCUCAUGUGCUAUGCUAAUGGAACCAUGUUUUGUCCUUGACACUGUCUGUUUUAUAUAAACAUCUGCAUGCUGCACUAUUUCAAAACUUUAUGAAGCUUGAAAACCAGAGUUAGAUUUUUAUAGAUGCUGCUAAGUUCUAAAGGUGUUUCGGUCUGCCGCUGAGCGUGUGUUGUCUUGAUAUUUGGUUGCGGUUUGUAUAGUUACUGCUGUAAAUAAAUCAUGCUGAAAGUUAAAGCCACA